CAGAGUGAGUCACAUUUAACCACCGGUCAGCUGGAGGCCGGGCAAGUAUUGAUCUUCCGAGGCUUCGCAGUUUAGGGAGGCGAAGUUAUCAUGACGGCUCAGGGGAGCCUAGUGGCCAACCGAGGCCGGCGCUUCAAGUGGGCCAUUGAGCUGAGCGGGCCUGGAGGCGGCAGCAGGGGCCGAAGUGACCGGGGAGGCGGCCAGGGAGACUCACUGUACCCAGUCGGUUACUUGGACAAGCAAGUGCCAGAUACGAGUGUACAAGAAACAGACCGGAUCCUGGUGGAGAAGCGCUGCUGGGACAUCGCCUUGGGUCCUCUCAAACAGAUUCCUAUGAACCUCUUCAUCAUGUAUAUGGCAGGCAAUACUAUUUCCAUCUUCCCUACGAUGAUGGUGUGUAUGAUGGCAUGGCGGCCCAUCCAGGCACUUAUGGCCAUUUCAGCCACUUUUAAGAUGCUAGAAAGUUCAAGCCAAAAGUUUCUUCAGGGUUUGGUGUAUCUCAUUGGAAACCUCAUGGGUUUGGCAUUGGCCGUUUAUAAGUGCCAGUCUAUGGGACUAUUGCCUACACAUGCAUCAGAUUGGUUAGCCUUCAUUGAGCCCCCUGAGAGGAUGGAGUUCAGUGGAGGAGGAUUGCUUUUAUGAAACUAAGAAGCACUGGUUAUCUGUCUGUCUGGCUCUCAUUUACAGCCUCCCUUAUAUCAGCCGCUCCUCCUCACACACUUUCAUCAUCACGCAUGCUGGAAAAGACCCAAAAGCGCUUUUUCUCUAUAAUGAGGAGACAAAUCCUCAAAAGACAAUGUACAUGUCACUGCAGACACAAACUAUAUCACAACCCUUGACUGAAAAUAAUGUAGAAAACUUUAUUUAUAAUGUUUCCAGAGAAAAACAACAAAUAAAACCAUAACUAUGUAAACAAAAGAAUGAUUGCUGCAAAAUGAAGAACCACAGCAGCAUCUCCUUUCAAUAAAUUAUAUGGUUGAGAACAAUGCUUGAAAAAAGUUGUACAAGUUUCCUUAAAAUCUAUUUUCCUUAAUAUUUUACUUCUAUUUAACACAAGCUGGGACAUAAAAAUUCUGUAGAGACACCUGUGGAAGAUAUGAAAAACUAAUGCUGGACUCAAUUAUACAUGAUGAAGAAAAUAAACCACACAAAAAGAGCACAUAAAUAUGCUUACAGUGUAAUCGCUACUUUAAUAUUCACAAGAAUGGGUUUUUAACACGGUUGGGAGAAUGAGGAUUGCAGGAUGGCUGGGGACAUAGGACACAGAGGAAAUGGAAGGUACAGAGUCAUCAUCUCCCCCUGCUUAGAGGAACUUGGCACCUGGCAAACAGAUGCCACAACCCUAACUUCAGCUUUUAAGACAGCUAUCAAAGGCAGCGGGCCAGCAGCUGGAGAAUGAAUAUUAGCAUAACCUGCCCCAGAAAAGUCAUAGCUAAAAUAAAAGCUGGAUUUUAUUCAAAAGGCAGGAGGAGGUCUUUCCUUUCCUUCUUGAAACCCAAAGCCCCUUCCCCUAAGGUGCGUUUUCUCUCAAGUUUUCAGUAUUGCUUUAUUUGCAGUGAUUGAAAGAGACAAGACAGUUUAUUGACAAACAAUAUGAGCAA